AUGGGAUCGCCUACAGAGAAGUUCGCCUUUUUAUCAUUCUCUCUCUCUCUUUCUCUCUCUCUCUCUCUCUCUGGUUCUCUCUCUCUGGUUCUCUCUUACUCUCUCUCUCUCUCACAUUCUUUCUCAUUCAUCGCUUUUUCAUUCUCUCUCUCGUUAUCUCCCUCAUUAAUUUUCUUUCUCUCUCAAUCUCACAUUCUCUCUUGCUUUCUCAUUCUCCCUCUUGCUUUCUCUCUCAUUCCCUAUUUCAUUCUCUCUCCCUCAUUCUCUAUCCUAAUCUCUCUCUUUCUCAUUCUCUUUCUCAGUCUCUCCCCCACUUUCUUUCUCGCCUUUUCAUUCUCUCCCAUCCACUCUCAACCCCUCUGUCAUUCUCUCCAAUUAUCUCCCUCUUUCUCAUUUUCUCUCUUGUAUCCUUCUCUCAUUUUUUGUCAUCCACUCUCAUUCCCUCUGUCGUACUCUCCCAUUCUCUCUCUCUCACAUUCUUUCUCGCUUUCUCAUUCUCUUUCAACCUCUCUCAAUCCCUAUCUUAAUCUCUCGCAUGAUCUAUCUCUUUCUCAUUCCCAAUUUCAUUCUGUCUCAUUAUCUCUCUCUUUCUCAUUCUCUCUCUCUCAUUCUUUCUCAUUCUCUCUCUCUCUCAUUCUUUGUCAUUAUCUCUCAUUCCCUCUGUCAUCCUCUCCCAUUCUCUGUCCCAUUCACUCUCUUUAUCGCUCACAUUCUCUCUCGCUUUCUCAUUCUCUCUUAAUCUCUCUCAAUCCCUAUCUCAACCUCUUAUUAUCUCUCUUUCUCAUUCCCUAUUUCAUUCUCUCUUGUUAUCCCCCCCCCCUCUUCCUCAUUCUUUCAUUUGUUCUCAUUCUCAUUCUUUGUUCUCAUUCCCUCUUUCGUUCUCUCCCAUUCUCUCUUUCAUUAUUUCUCUCGCAUUCUCUCGCAAUCUCUCGCUCGCUCUGA